ACUAACCAUCAGAUACUCUCUCCUUGUCUCGGCAGUUCUUCGUCUCUCUCCUCAUGUCAUUGUCUUGAACCCCUCCCACAAGUCACAGCACACGUCUUAUUUUUCUCCCCAAAACCCUAAUCAACUUUUAGACUCACCAGUUUUGUGGAGUUUCCCAAUUUGUUGGCAGCUCUGAAGAUGAAUCAGUUAGUUGCAAGAUCACUGAUGCGAGGCCUGAUCAAUGGCGCCAAAUGCAACCGUUCCAUUUUGUGCUCGGUAACCAGAGUAGAGUUGAGGGAUGAAAAGGCAGCGUUUGGGAGGAUGAUGAGCACGGAGACAGCAUUGGCGGAGAAGAAUCAGAAAGAAAAGUCGGUGGAGGAAGUGGAGAAGCAGAGUAAGGUUGUGUUCUCGAGCUACUGGGGAAUUCAGCGGCCUAAGAUCACCAGAGAAGAUGGGAGUCCGUGGCCUUGGAACUGUUUCAUGCCAUGGGAAACGUAUCAUGCAGACACGGCAAUAGAUCUGAGUAAGCACCAUGUGCCUAAGACGUUUGUGGAUAAAGUAGCAUACAGGACAGUGAAACUCCUUCGUAUUCCAACUGAUAUAUUUUUUCAGAGAAGAUAUGGGUGUCGUGCAAUGAUGCUGGAAACAGUGGCAGCUGUUCCUGGUAUGGUGGGAGGGAUGCUACUGCAUCUAAGAUCUCUCCGCAAGUUUGAACAUAGUGGUGGCUGGGUCAAAGCGUUGCUUGAAGAAGCAGAAAAUGAACGGAUGCACCUUAUGACUAUGGUGGAGCUUGUGAGGCCCAAAUGGUAUGAGAGGCUGUUGGUCCUCACUGUGCAGGGAGUCUUCUUUAAUGCCUUCUUUGUGCUUUAUGUGCUCUCCCCCAAAGCGGCACAUAGAGUUGUUGGGUAUCUGGAAGAGGAGGCUAUACAUUCAUAUACAGAGUUCUUGAAGGAUAUUGAUAAUGGUGCAAUAGAAAAUGUCUCAGCUCCUGCUAUUGCUAUAGACUACUGGAGGCUUCCCAAGGACGCAACCCUGAAGGAUGUUAUAACUGUGAUCCGUGCUGAUGAAGCUCACCAUCGAGACGUCAAUCAUUUUGCUUCUGAUAUUCAUUUCCAGGGAAAGAAAUUGAAUGAGGCACCAGCCCCUAUUGGUUACCAUUAAUGACGCCUAUCAAACUUUUGUGCACAGCAUUUACUAUGAAGGAUAUGGAUGUUUAUAUGGUUGUAUGAACUUGGAGAGGUGAGAGAUAUAUACAACCUCGAAGAUUAGAAUAAAAUGUAUUUUUUUACCAGUAAAAUAUCGCAUCUCGAAACCGCAUUUUCAGACUGUUAUGGGAGAUGGCACAUUGUUACAGGCGGUACGAGGGGUCCCCUCUCUUUGGUAAAACGAAGGCUAGCUUAAAUAAGAGUCUUUUCCUUUCAUUUUUAUAAGGUGUGAGUGCACCUUGCGAAUGUAGGGCAUGAAGUCGACCCUUUAUCAUCUUGUUCCUCGAUUCCCAUACAAAACCGCCCCAUUGGGUGGAGACUACUACCAAUAUCUGAUUGCUAAUGACUGCCUUCUUUUCCUUA